AUGCCUCCUAAGUCACGCCCCGCCCACGUGCUGCCUCCGCGCCCGUUGUUCACCACAACGUACCAGCGCCGCCAUGAGUUUUGUCAACGUUGUGUCCGCGCCCUGGGUGUCGACGCUGAUGCUGCCGUCUGUUCUGUCAACCCCGGUUCCGUCAAGUGCACCCGCUGCCAGGCCGGUCAUGCCGAUUGUCGCACGGCCUCCGAGGCCGUGUCCAAGGCCAUGAGUACAUCUGGCAAGGUGACCGCCGAGCUCCUCCCUCACGCCGGCGACGUCCCAGCCACCCCCCGCAAGGGGAAGGCCGCCGCGUCGGCGGAGGCGGCCCCGGCCACUACGGCUGAGGCAACCAUAUAA